AGUCAACAGAAAUCAACCUUUAUCUACAGGACUGUUGAAAUUCUUUGAAUUCCAGCGUGCAUUCAAUAAAGCUGUGCUUGUGCUGGUUUAAAUGUCCAUCAACAUACACUGUGGAGCUCUGCCUAUUGCCAUCAAAACUAGAACUGACGGGAGUGUCACUCUACUAGGACAUGAAUCUUCAUGGAUAUUUCAAUUGUGGAGGUCCAAAUGUGCCCAAAUUCAAUAAAUGUUGUUUAAAUGUGGCAUUUAUUCACUUUGAUUGGAAAUAUAAACAAUUUAUUAGAUACAUCAUUACAUGUUACUAUCAAAAAAUAUUCCUGAAAAGGGUCAUUAGUAUCUCACUAAUUAUUUCAUGUAUGCUGCAGUAAUGAAUUUAUUCAAUUCUGUCAUUAUUACUCAUCAAAGGCAAUGAGGGGUUCUGAUACUGAUCUUGUCAAGAUAAUUGUUCUGAAAUACACUUAAUGUGCUGGUCAACCUAUCAGAUGUUAGGCUAUGAGGAGCCAAAUUCAUUUAAACAACUCUGGUAAUAUCAGCAUGGAACAAAAACUGAACUAAUUAAAUUUUAAGAUGCAAUUACAACCUUUCAUUUUUAAGGUGAUACACCUAGAUUCAAUUUAGUUGGAUAAAUUGACAGAUAAUUACAAGUCCUGUACAUGAUUAAAUAUCUAAUGAUUUUCUAUAUAUUACAUUGUGGCACAUUUGACAUGCUAUAGUAUGCAUAAAUUGUAGUUCUAAAGCAAUCAGACAUACAAAUCAGUAAACAAUAGUAUUGGGGCAGGCAAAAUGAAGAAGUUGAAAAACCAUUUUAUUAAAAAAUAAAAUUUGAAAGAUACAUAAAGCACCUUUGUUUUAAGGCUAUCAACGUUUUCAAAAAUCUAUUUUUUAAUCCAUUUUCACAAGGCAGCAGCCUUCACAUAACGUUAAUUUAAAACAUCCGUCAGGGUUAGUUGGUCAGCAUUUUUUUUUCUCAUAAGGCGUGGUUUUAUUCACCACAUUGACGAAACAUGAACAAAACAACCUAAAAAAGCAUCCUGAAGCGUUAAAAGCAGCGUAAAUCAAAAAGCUACGCAAGCACUGGUUACUUCUACAUGAUGCACUACGGUAACAAGUAGUAGCGCUGGCAUAGAUUGAAAUUAGGAGGAAAAAUAGUAGCAUAGUCCUCAGAAAAUGUAUAUCUAUGACAAAACUAUUAUUUUCACAAAUAAAUACUGUAAUCAGAAUAAUAAAAGUCUGUCAUAUUGCCUAUGCGAGAUAAACUAUAUAUAAACUUUUGGAAUUAGUUUCUCCAAAAUCUCGAUGUAACCGUAAUGCACCAUGUAUGCGCGAAGCUAGUCUUGGCCCAGUAUUUCCGAGCGUCGGCUCACUUGACCUCGUCUCCAAGGCAACAACGUUGCUAUGGAGACGUUAGUUUAGCCCGCUGGACCUGUUGCUGCCGACGUCCCUGUUUUAUCUAAAAAAAAAUGACCCCAAAAUAAGCCUUCCAUCAUCAUUGUCGACUCUGUGAGAAUUAUGCCGCCCAAAAAGAAAGAGACUAGUAAAAAGCCGGAGGCUGCAAAGACCCAAACUCUGAUAAAUGGUCUCACCAAGGAGGAGUUGUCCAAGGAGCAGAUAGAAGAGCACAUUGUGCGACUUCGUGAGGAGCUGGAAAGGGAGAAGGAGGAGAGGAACUACUUCCAGCUGGAGAGAGAUAAGAUUCAGACCUUUCGGGAAGGUACAGACAGAAAACUAGAGAGGGUUAAGGCCGAACUUAAAAACUUGGAGAAGGCCAUAGAAGAUGAUGAGGCGCAUCACCAAGUAGAGAUAAAGGUCUUUAAACAGAAGAUGAAGCACCUCCUGUGUGAGCACCAGAACACGAUCUCUGAGCUGGAAGCAGAUGUUUCCGCAUCGGCUAAGAGGCUGCAGGAUGAGCAGGAUCAGCUGGAGGCAGAGCUGUGUGAGGAAAUCUUAACCAUCCUGACUGACACGCAGACGAUCAACAGCGAAGACGUUUUCAGAGAACUUCAGCUGAAACACGACGCGGAAAUGGCUGCAGCUAGGGACAAGUGGGAGAGGCUAGUAGCAGAAACCGUAGCCAAAUAUAAGACAGAGAAACAGCAGCUGGAAAAAGAUCAGGACAACACAUUGAAAAGUUUGAUCUGUGAGCGUGAGCUGCUAUGGAAUAGCCACCUCAGCGACCUUCGAGAAGACCUCAGAAAAGGCUUACGCGAGGCAGAAGAAACGUUUCGCGUGCAGGACGAGGACACAACAGCACAUUUUGAAGAACUUGAGAAAUGCAGAUUUAAAACCAGCAGGAACGUGGAGAAGGUGAAAGAGACCUGGUCUGCUCUUUUGAAGGAAAAUAAAGAACUUACUUUAGUUGCUGCGGAAGCCAACGAUGAACUUAGCCUUCUGGAAAGAAAAGCAAAAUUCUCCCCACUGAAAAAGGCUCCCAUUAGAAAUCCUCAUGAAAAGGCACUGAAAGACUUGAAGAGAGACCACGAUGAGCUGGAUCAGAAAUUCUGCAAGCUUCAGAUUGAGUUGGACGAACUGCGCUCGUCCGUCCCCCGGAAAAUCUAUAUGGCGCAGGACCAGGCGGAUGAGUCGCUCAGGCCUCUGGAGGAUGAGCUGCAGGCUCUGGCAGGGCAGCUGGAGGAGACCCAGGCUCAGCUCCACUCCGUGCUCUCAGCCCCCAACCUGGACCAAACGGCUGUCACUGAGAUCACUUACCAAGUCGAGAAAGAUCUGGAGUCCAAAAAUUCUGCCAUCAAGGACCUAAGGCAUCGAAUAUAUCUCAUUUCUCAGAGUCGCAGAGCCAUGCUGCUGAAGGCUGAAGCAAAACGAAGAGCUCCUCUCAAGUGAGAGCUCCAACUUUGCGUGUUUAUUCAGUAAAAUCGAAUUAAAAUGUGAAUAUUUAUUGCAGUUGUUAGCAAUAAAUUCCCCUGUCAAAAAAUGUGUACAUUUAAUAAGGCUUGCAAUAACGGAUUUCAGUAGUUGAGUAAAACCAAUCAAUGAUACCUGUUAUGAAGCAUGAUGUUAACUGUUUGAUGGCAUUUACCAAGUAUAAAGGGGCAGGUGUCACAUGACAGCUGAAAAACACACAAAACCUUAUAUUAUUACCUUUAGGUAAGUAAAAUAUAAACUACUAGUUUAGUGAGUUUAAAAAUCAUAUAUAUGUAUAAAUGCAAAGGAACUAUUUGAAUACUUUUAAUGAAAUGAAAUGGCUUUAUGGUCUUGGCUCAGACUACAUUUGCAAAGAUUAUAAAAGGAAUUGAAUGCCUCUGUCUUAAACUUCAAUUCUUUUUCUUUAUGUACAUACUCAUUAAAUACGUUUGAAUAUUAUUAAAAUGGUCUUUUAAAGGUAUUUCAGUAACUCCAAUCACUAAUUAAAACACAUUUUACAGAUUAUUUCCACAAAGACUGACAUUUUCAAGCCUUUAUUUCUGUUAAUUAUGAUGAUUUUCUGUUCACUAAACUAAAGAAAACACAACAUGUAAGAUUAGAAUAUUACAUCAGACCAAUUUAAAAUUUGGAUAUGUUUAAUACAAAAAGUUUUUGGUUAAUAAAAAGCACAUUUAAGGUUGAUAUUUUCAAAAGGUACUUUUAAUCCAGCAAACGAGCCUCAUCGGAAUGUAUAUUCUAAUUUAUUAAAAAUGACUGUGAACUCUCCAGGGUGCAACUGACAGGUUGUCUAAAGAACAAUGUCAUCAACAUUUGGAAUAUAAUAUUGUUUCUAUGGCUAAGUACUAGUAUCAGAGUUAAUUUUGUUUAUAUAUAAUAAUAUUUAUUUUUCUGCUAAAUAAUUUGUCGAGACUAAAUGGUUUUGUAUUGUUUUAUUGGUGAGAAUUUUAAACCUUAUAUCAUAAAGCUGUUUUUGCAAAGGUUUAAAUGUAUUUUAUUUCCAUUUAAUGGAUGGCUAAACCCUCUUCCAUGUUUAACCCUAAGCUCAAGCCUCCUGGGGUUAUGCACUAGUACAAUCAAAAGAAUCCUGUGUCUCAGCGUGACAGCGUAGUAUGGCAGCUGCACAGGAGAGGAAGGAUCUGGCACAAGUGAUGAGGUCAGUGCAGGGGAUUGUGGGAUGGAAUCAACAAGGUCUAGACAUGGUUCAUGCUGCGAGACUCCAGAAAAGGGCCUGGUGUAUAGCCACAGAUCCCAUCCACCUGGGUAGUGCACCAUGUCCCACUUCCACCAGGAAAACGAUUCAGAAGCAUUAAAUCAAAAACAAAUAGACUUAAAAACAGCUUCUUUCCCAAAGCUGUGAGGGCUAUCGUCCCCUGCUGAGAAUCAAAUAAACCACCUGCCCAGUUCAUGGUAUGCUACAUGUUUACAAACAUGAUACUGGUUUCACAUGUUCUCAUAUACACUCUCACAUCCUAAUAUCUUGUUUGUUUGGACAUCCAUGCAAAUUGCACAGGUUUUUUUUUUAGCAUGAAGAUUAAUUUUUUUUCCUAAUGACUAUUUGCACAGUUUUUAAACUUCUCAGGGAAUAUUUGUCUGAUACAUUCAUGCAAACGCACAGUAAUUUACAUUGUUUUGUACAUGUCACUGCACGUCUCAAUGAUCCUGUUAGAAAAAUUAAAUAAAGUUGAAUAUGUCUUUUGGACAGGUUCUUCUUAGUU